CGUAAACAAAUUUUGUUCCAUUAGAAACUAUAAAAACACAAGUUUGUGAACAGUUGUUUCACUCAUUGUCAAACGAAGUGAAAUCAAUAUAAAAAAACACUCAAACAUUAGCAAUGAAGCUUAUAAGCAUGUAUGCUAUACUUGUAUUACUUAUCACAACACCAAUUGCUACAUCAAUAUCAAAAACAGGCGUUGUGAAUACCGAGUCCAAGAUUAAAAUCGACUUUUGUGAGUCGUAUUUUGAUUGGGGUAGUAGUUGUCAAGAUAAAAAAUGCAAUGAUUAUUGUAGCAGUUUGUACGAUAAAUUCUCAUGGGGGGAGUGCGUAACACUGUAUGGGUUAUUGGUGUCGUCUAGAGUAAGUGUACACGAUUCUUUCAUUCUUUGUAUGCCACAUAACCUAUAUUCCGAACGACGCCAUAUGGACAUCGAAGUCGAUGACUCGGUUCCCAUGUGUCGUAUGGAUGGGUCACUCUGUCGUAUCGAUGGAUCAGCGACCUAUGUAAUCUGCUUCAUUUUUGUUUCAUCACGCCUUCAUCCACCAUCAAUUCCAAAAGUCGGUUCAUGA